GUAUUUAGUUAGGAUUAAUUGCAUUCAAAGUUGGAAAGCCGGAACUAAAUCGGGCCGGGGUCCACCUAACGCUUCCAGUUCCAGGGAUGUAACAACGGGCUGCGCGGCUGCAACCCCAAAGCCCCAAAGCUCUCCAAAGCUUGUAGAAAACGCAGCCUACUAAUAAACGUCAAUCGCGACUUUCCUUAACAUUCAUUAGCUCUCCCCUUGAGCUGUGUCGACAACCUCCAUCCAAAAUUACCCCGGAAUUACUAAACAAUUACUCGUACCCGUACCCGAAUUCUACAAAUAUGGGCGCUCUAACAUACGGCGCUGGAGGUCUCACCUCUUUCAUAACAGUUGUUGGAUUGUACAUGCUCUUUACCGGCAGCGGUGAAUCCUUUAAUGUCGGAGCUUUCCUCGAAACGGUAUCGCCGUACGUAUGGGCGGAUCUAGGUAUUGCGCUUUGCAUUGGUCUAUCAGUCGUCGGCGCAGCAUGGGGUAUCUUUAUCACGGGUUCUUCCAUCCUCGGUGGUGGUGUUAAGGCCCCUCGAAUCCGAACCAAGAACUUGAUCUCCAUCAUCUUCUGCGAAGUUGUUGCCAUCUACGGCGUCAUCAUGGCCAUCGUUUUCUCCUCCAAGGUCAACUACGCGAGCCCCGACGAGGUGUUCGACCCCAACAGUUACUAUACCGGUUUCGCCUUGUUCUGGGCUGGAGUGACGGUAGGAGGAUGUAACCUGGUUUGCGGUGUUGCCGUUGGCAUCAACGGCAGUGGAGCUGCUCUAGCAGAUGCAGCGGAUCCUUCUCUUUUCGUCAAGAUUCUCGUCAUCGAAAUCUUCAGUUCCGUCCUAGGUCUCUUCGGUUUGAUCGUCGGUCUCCUCGUAUCCAGCAAGGCAAACGACUUCGGCGAGAUCUAAUCUUGAUUAUGUAUUGAUGGAAUACAGUGUAAGAAGAGAUGCAUUCACAAUCGAUCAAGGAUUGUUGGCGUUCGGAAAGACGGGUUCAAAUUGGGGAAAGUCACGGGUUUGUCCAUUUGUGAACUAUUGUAUGUACUAUUAUGACAACCGAGAGUGAUCACAGUUCAUCAGGGGCUGCUGGAAUAGACCCCACACAAAAAUCUAUAAGAGGCCAGAGCCUCGAGUAGACCGAACCGGUACCUGCCACUUGCCAAACCAUCUCAUGUUAUGCUGGAGUGAGAUCAAUAAGGCUACCGGUUCGCUAGAACUACAAUAAUCUAGAGAGAAGUACUAUAUAUCAGAUAUUGGGACACAUCCAGUAUUCAUACAGAGUGUAUUCCUUUAGGGCUUUACGACGCACAUAACGUCUAAGAUGCGAAGCAAUACUCCCAAGUAUCUAACCUAGGUACUCAGUAUCAUAUAUGCAUAAUUGAACGUAUUCCUAGCAAAGGUAGAUGAGAGAUACAAGGAGUUGUAACUCAUAGCUUAUGAGUCAAUAUUCCAAGUAGGCUAAAUAGCAAGCUUAGGCGAUCGCCACUCAAGCAGUCCGUCCAUGUGACACUCUGACCUCAUUUGAAGUAGGCUAUGUGUGAUUGAAGGAGCAAGAAACACAUAGGUAGGUUAAGAGAAGAGUCAUAAAUCCGUGGCGUAAAUUUAAUCCCUAG